CUUUGAUCAGUCUGUUUCACGACCUAGAGGUGACAGUGCGAGUGUGAGUGUUGUUUGGCUCCAUUCAAGAUCUGUCGGAAACAUCCUUUGUAGCCCAGAAUUACCGGUUGUCUUCGAGCUGCUGCUCAUGAACCCCUGCAGGUGCUUCUGAUUGAUUUUGCAGGCGAUAUACCUGCUGCAUGCACGGGUUUCCAGAGUUUACUCGCUGCUGGCAGCCUCGACUGGUUUUUUUUUUUCUUUUUUUUGCGAGGGGUUCAUCGGAAGUGUUUGUUUUUUCUCGCUGAUGAUCCUUCUCAGCUCUGGAUUCACUCGUGUUUGGACCCUUCCAAAGAACGACCAGGAGCCUGUGGGUUAGUUGUCGUGGGUCAUAGGUCCAAUGUCAUUUCAGGAGUUGCUUUCGAGCCUGGGCAACAGCACGGCUGACCGAGAUGUUAGUUCCCCGGAGCGAAGCCUGGGGGUUGGAAGCCCUGCGCCGAGGAGAGAGGGCCUCCGCAGUGGGCGGACCACUCCAUCUGCAGGCGAAGAAGGCAAAACGCAAGUGGAUGACUCACGCAACUCUGAAGGAACUUGGCUGAGGCGACAUCCAAGGCGGCUGUCCUUCGAUAAGGAACCGAGGAAAACAUUUGAGGUCAAGAACCUCGGAGAUCAGGAUGUACCUGCUGGCAUCUCAUCGAGAAAGAAGAGGAAAGCCACGGCUUCUCGCAAGGAGCCGGUGGCGAAACUUAGGCGAGUUGAACAAGACGAGGAAAUGGCAGUGGAAAACACGCGAUCCACCCGACUGACAAGGAGGGGAAAUGCUGUGACAGAACCUUCCACUCCACCAGCUGGUGAAAAUCUGUCCAAGAAAAUUCUGGAGGAGGCUGAGAGGAGUACCGAUAAGAUAGAGCAAGGGUAUCUUUCUGAGGAGCCUUUUCCGUUAGACUGUAUUGCACCCAUGGAGAAUCAGUCAGAGAACGGGAAAAGAUCAAGGGGUAGGCCAAGAAAGUUCAAGAUUGCAGCAGAGCAGGCAACUAAUAACGAAAACUCUCCAAAGAGGCCCGUUGGCAGACCAAAGAAGUUGCAGGUGGCUGUUUCUAGUUUUACCCCUUCUGAUGGAGGCGGCGAUUCUUUAGUCAUCCCAGAUGGGGAGAAGACGGGGACAGAUGUUGGUGGGAGUGUGGAAGAGAAAUUGGGGCACGCUGGACUUAGUGUUACACCAAAGAGACCAGUGGGCAGGCCGAAGAAAGUGCAAUCGGCACCGGCUGAGGAGAACAACUGUCAUGACCCUCCCAAGAGUCCUUCGAAAUCUCAAGUUUCUGUACUUGUGGACGAGGAAGAAGCUCCUGCAAAAAUGACUCCUGAAAGUGUGGGCAUAUCCCCAAAGAGAUCGAGGGGUAGACCAAGAAAACAUCAAGCUUUGUCAACCCAAGAAAUCGCAUUCAGUGACCCCGCCAUGGACGUCCUAGUUGAGGAUUUCAUGCAGACAAUACCUAGUGUACCUCUAGAAAACGAGGAAGAGCAGGAUCCCUGUAAAUUGUUUUUGGAGGACGUAGAGCAAGUUUAUCCGGUUGAAAACAUCUUGGAUGCUAAGCCCGAUGUUACACCCGACCACCCAGAGAAAGCUUCUGCAUGUGUCACACCUGACGCAACGGAGAAAACGUUGAAGCGGUCCGUGGGUAGACCCAGGAAGACAAAAUUGACCUUUGACCUCGAAGAUACUGAUGAACAUCCAAAGACGGAGGAUGCCACCCAAGAUGUGGAAGAUGAGAACCAGGGUGGGAAAGCGCCAGUCAAAAGACCAGUCGGCAGACCCAAGGAAAUCGCACGCAAGAAAGGAGUAAGGAAUCAAGAGGGCAGAGUUUCGAAUGAUGGAAGCGGGACCGCGGGGAAAAGGCCCGUUGGCAGGCCUAAGAAAAUUGCCCCAGAAUCAAGUCAGAGUGCGUCUGGAAGCGCGUACUCAGGAUUUGACGAAGUAACGAAGAAAACCGGUAGGAAACGUGGCCGACCUAGUAAGAAGUCUGUACAGCAGCAGAGUCUUGAGGAGUCAGGAAAAUUGAAAGGAGCUCGGGGCCGCGGGAGAGCAGCUGAUAGACAGGGCGCAGGUGCUGUUAGAGCCGGAAGAUCAUCCAUGAAAGAUUCCUCAGCUCAAGAGACUUUCAGACGUCGUUAUCUUAACAAAGUCGUCCUCGAUGGGGUGGAGUUUAGGUUAGGUGAGGACGUCUACGUGAGAAAAUCUGGCACCACUUGUUCCGAAUCAGAUACGGAGGUGGAAGACUGUCAAGUCUGCGGGGAAGUAGAUGAAAAGAUUAUGAUCGAAUGUGACAAAUGCCUGUCUGGUUUCCACCUGACUUGCCUAGAUCCACCACUAGAAGAUGUACCUGAAGAUGACUGGGUUUGCUCUUUCUGUGAGGCUGGUGAGAAGCCUCCCAUUCAGUUGUUAAACACUCGAGAAAAGCAUCGUGCAGCUCGAGUGAAGCUUCUGGCAGCUGAACUUUGGGCUGCGCGUAUCGAAAAGAUGUGGAGGGAGCGGGAUGGUACGUACUGGUUCACUGCACGAUGGUUUCUUAUUCCUGAAGAGACGUCGACGGGAAGACAGAAACAUACCGGGAGUAGGGAGCUUUUCCGUUCCAGCCAAACUGAUAACAACGAGAUGGACUCAAUACUUCGGCAUUGUUAUGUUAUGAGUCCUGAUGAUUACAAAAAGUCCGCUCACGAAGGAGAUGAUGUAUUUUAUUGCGAGUACGAAUAUAACGAACGGUGGUGCAGAUUCAAGCGUAUUGACUACGAUAAUCACGCCCUUUUGAUUGACGGCAAUGAGGACGAUGAUGCCUACAAUCCAUCGGAUGAGUCGGAGGAGGAUCUGGACGGCGAGGAAGAAGGGAGUCCGCAAUCAAAGCCUGGAAAGAAACUCAAGCAAGCGAAGACUUCGAAAGCAGCAAAUAAGCGCGAGAGUUUUUCUGGUGGCAUCGAAAAAGUGGGGUCGAAAGCCGUUGUUGACCGUCCGAGAAAGAAGCCUCAAUCGGACUUUGAGAAAGCCAAAGCCGCACUUACGUUAUCUGCCGUUCCACCCUCCAUGCCGUGCAGAGAUGUGGAGAGAACAGAAAUAGCUGCGUUCCUGAAGGAUUCAGUAGGAGCUGGUGAAAAUUGUUUAGGGCAUUGUCUCUACAUCAGUGGAGUUCCGGGCACUGGCAAGACUGCUACUGUUCGGGAGGUCAUCAAGGAACUAGAGAGCAAGGUGGACGCCGGUGAACUUCCUGCUUUUCGUUUUGUGGAGAUCAACGGCCUGCGUCUUCCAUCUCCAGAUCAUGUAUACACGGUGCUUCACGAGGCUCUCACAGGCCAGCAUUUGGGCUGGAAAAAGGCUCUUGAAUUUCUCGAUGAGCGAUUUUCAAGUUCUAAAGAUUUGAAGGGCGCAGACGCUCGCCCGUGCGUCCUUCUUAUUGACGAAUUGGAUGUGCUAGUGAAUCGCAACCAAUCUGUUUUGUAUAAUAUUUUUGACUGGCCAACCCGCCCUCAAUCACGACUUGUUGUUAUAGGAAUAGCAAAUACCAUGGAUUUACCUGAGCGUAUGCUACCGCGGAUAGCAAGCCGAAUGGGUAUGAAGAGGCUUGCAUUUAGUCCGUAUUCUCACAAGCAGCUGGAAGAGAUCAUUGCUUCUCGCCUGGACGGGGUUCAAGUAUUUGAUAAGCAAGCUGCCGAAUUUGCUUCACGCAAGGUCGCUGCCGUAUCCGGAGAUAUCAGACGAGCCCUUGAACUUUGUCGAAGAGCUGUUGAAGUUGCCGAAGCCCGUAUAGCGGAACAUAAUUCAAAUGUCCCACCUGAAGUUGCUGAGAAUCGUACUGAUCAAGAUGAGAACCAGCCGUCAAACACGGUGCCCGAGGCAACACCAGCAACUGGACAGGUCGUGACAAUGGCGGAUGUCGAUGCUGCAAUCAGCCAACUUUUUGAAGCUCCACAAAUUCAGAUGAUGCAAAGAUCUCCUAAGCUGGCGAAAAUAUUUUUAACUGCAAUGGUUUAUGAACAACGGCGCACUUCCGUGGUAGAGACUACCUUUGAGAAGGUAGCAGCAACAUGCUCAGAGUUGUGCGCCAGUAAUGGGGAAGAAAUUCCGGAUUUUGACACUCUCUUAGGCAUAGGCUGUAAACUUGGCGCAUUGCGCCUUUUGUUGUGUGAACCGGGAGCCCGUCAUAAACUUCAAAAGCUACAGCUGAAUUUUCCCUGUGAUGACGUCACUUUUGCUUUGAAGGACAGUGAAGUAUCAUGGUUAUCGAAGUACUUGUAAAUGAAGAGUCUUCCAGAGAUUUGUAUGUUGGGUGUGGAGGUUAAGGGGCGGGGUUCGAGUAAGGAUGGAGUUUACCGUAUACAAAAACGUAGGGACGCCCUUCGAGGCAUCUUCAUAUCCAGGGACCCCUCCCCGUGCGUCUGUCAUCAUUAUUACGCAUAGAGAUAGCCAUAUAUCAACGUGAUUACGAAUAUAAAUGUGUUCAAGUUCAGCUAGUUAAUGGUGCUGCUGAAUCAACUGCGGCGUAAGCUUGGACGUUUUGCAAGGAGACAGUUGAUGUAUGUUUAUCGUGUUUUCAUAACCACGGGUCAGUAACAGGGAUUAUUCAUGAUGUCCUUCUAAGGACCGUGACUUGAGUUGAGGGAAAGAAAGCCGUUGU